GGGGUGGGCAGGCAUUUAAUUAUAAGCUAAUGUGUAAUACGCAGUAAACAUUACUUCUGAGGACAAACAGCUGAAGGGUGCCUCUCAGAUGGUGUUUGGUUGGUUAGGAGAGGAACUGGAAAGGCUUUGCUCUGUUCGUAGAGACCUGUCUUGCUGACCAGUGUCUUAAACAGGUUCCGCCCCUAAGCAGCUGGCCCACCAACUCACACAUUUAUGGAGAAGAUAAUGACACCGUCCGUGGGUGUGCUAAACACAGGUCACCUCACUCCCGGCAGACAUGCACAAAGUCCACAGUACAAGCAGUAGCAUGUUAGCAUGACUUUAGCUAAGCACAUGCAAAAAGACAGCUGUCAUACCCUGUGGUGUGCUGGGGCUAGCCACGACCAGGAUUCAAGAGUUUCUGAAUUGAGAUGACGUCAGAUUUGAUCUCUUAAACUACUCUGCACAGACCCUCAGGCAAGGGAGGAGCUCAAAUUGAAACUGGCUUUACAGAGAUCUGUUGAAUUUGAUCAAACAGACAUGGAGAUGAAGGACUAUCCAGCUGGGGAGUAUUUUGUGCAGAGGAACAUUCUGGAUGAGUUAGGUCUGGAUGAAGUGGCGCAAAAAGGGACGUGGUCCACUAAACCAACCCCGGGUGAACGGGUGAAGGAGUCCCUGAGGUGUUCAGCGUCCAGGGUGAAGCACACAGCGCUGAGUUGGGUUCCUGUUCUCGGCUGGUUGCCUCAAUACUCCUUUAGAGAAAAUGCCAUAGGGGACCUGAUCUCUGGCUGCAGUGUGGGCAUUAUGCAUCUGCCACAGGGGAUGGCAUAUGCUCUUCUGGCUUCCUUACGUCCAGUGUUUGGCCUUUACACCUCCCUCUACCCUGUGCUGGUCUACUUCCUCUUUGGUACUUCCAGACACAUCUCCAUAGGGACGUUUGCUGUGAUCAGCAUCAUGAUUGGGAGUGUGACGGAGAGGCUGGGACCAGACAGUGACUUUAUUGGAAAUGGCACUAAUGGAACAGAAAGUGUAAACUUCGAUGAACGGGACGCAUACAGAGUACAGAUAGCAUGUUCCCUCACUCUUCUGGCAGGAAUCUUUCAGUUGCUGUUGGGUGUGGUGAGGUUUGGUUUUGUGGUCACCUACCUCUCUGAGCCACUGGUUCGUGGAUAUACCACAGGAUCAGCAUGUCAUGUGUGUGUCUCCCAGCUCAAGUACCUGUUUGGAAUUACACCGGCUCGCUUCACUGGUCCUCUCUCCCUUAUAUAUACUCUGGUGGAUAUUUGCCGGCUGCUGCCUGGGACUAAAGUGCCAGAGCUGGUGGUCAGCCUGGUAGCACUCUCUGUUCUGAUUGUGGUCAAAGAAAUCAAUGCCUGCUACAGACAGAAGCUGCCUAUGCCAAUCCCGAUAGAACUCAUAGUGGUCAUAGCAGCAACAAUCAUUACCCACUUCGGUGGGCUUACGAGUAAAUACAGCAUUGAUGUUGUUGGAGAGAUUCCCAGUGGGCUGAAGGCCCCUCGUGUUCCAGAUGCCACAUUGUUCUCGAAUGUGAUAGGUGACGCUUUUGCAGUGGCUAUUGUGGGCUAUGCCAUCAACAUUUCCCUGGGCAAAACAUUUGCCCUCAAACAUGGCUACAAGGUGGACAGUAACCAGGAGCUGGUUGCUUUGGGUCUUAGCAACACUGUUGGCAGCUUUUUUCAGUGCUACGCUGUGACUUCCUCAUUGUCUCGCAGCCUUGUUCAGGAGAGCACAGGGGGCAAGACACAAGUUGCAGGAGUGAUUUCGUCUGUCAUCGUGCUGAUCACAAUUUUGAAAAUAGGUGCUCUCUUUGAAGAUCUUCCCAAGGCUGUCUUAUCCACGAUAGUGUUUGUGAAUUUGAAAGGAAUGUUUAAGCAGUUCCUGGACGUGCCCAUGCUGUGGAAGACCAAUAAGGUUGAUCUGCUGGUGUGGCUGGUAACAUUCACAAGCACUAUCCUCCUCAACCUGGACUUGGGUCUGGCUGUCUCGGUUGGCUUUUCCAUGCUCACUGUCAUCUUCAGAACGCAACUACCCCGCUACUCUAUCUUGGGCCAUAUGCCAGGCACUGGCUUGUAUCUGGACACAGACACCUACAAGGAGGCUAAAGAGAUUCCAGGAAUUAAAAUCUUCCGUUCAUCUACAACCAUCUACUACGCAAAUGCUGAGAUGUACUUGGAGGCCCUGCAAGAGAAGAGUGGAAUUGAAAUCGGGAAGCUGCUGACGGCGAAGAAGAAACAAGACGCAAAGCUGAAGCGUAUACAAAAGAAAGAGAAAAAGAAAGCUAAAAAGGAGGCAAAGAAAGAAGAGCCGGAGGUGAAGGAGGGGAAAGUCUCUGCAGAACCGAGGGGACCAAGUCAGGGAAAUGGUGUGUCCUUAAGACUGACAGAAACCUCUACAAAUGACCCUAAUAAAGGCCAAGUAAACCGGGCUUACCAACAUGACACAACCAUGUCAGACUCCGAUUCAGACGCAGGUUGCCACACGUAUGACAGCAUCAGUCACGUAUCACACCACAGUGAUAAAGGAAAGGGAAGGGCCUGUGGAUCAGGCACACACAGCAUCAUCUUGGACAUUUCGGCAACCAGCUUUGUGGACACAGUCACUGUGAAGACCUUGAAAAAUAUAUUCAGGGACUUUGGGGAGAUUGACUUGGACAUCUAUCUAGCAGGCUGCCAAGCAUGUGUCGUGGAGCAGCUGGAAACUGCAGGUUUCUUCUCAGAGUCCAUCCCAAAGAGCAGGCUGUUUGUCACAGUACAUGAUGCAGUGCUUCAUAUUCUCCACAAACUGGGGCAGACAGACUUCAUACUUGAUGUGUCAUGCACCACUCAAAUGUGAUCAGCAGGGGUCAGACUGUUCCAACUCUCACCAUCCUCCUCCUCCUCCUGGCUGUUCCAUU